AUGCACCGCUUACCUGUUGGGCUUCGUUACUCGAUCGCCUGCCCGAUCAUAUGGAUAUGGAACCAAAAUGUCUGCCGGCGUGGUUUGUGUGGUUUCGCCUGCGAGUCAGGUGAUCUCGAAGGUACCGGCGAGUACGUGGACGUCACCGCUCAGGAGGUGUCCUUCACUUGCGGAUGCACCGGCACGCCCGCGCCCGCGCCCGACCCGAUCGCUGUGCCCACCGGAACGUCUCCACCAAUUGAACCCGAAAGUGCUGAUGGUGGAAUACUAGGCCGCAGGUUGUCAACGUCGGCUCUCGUAGCCGGAGCGACGAGUUUGUUGGCCAUCGCGCUGGCCCUCGGGAUGGGCGUGUAGUUUCGGUUCAUUUUCAGGGCUCCCACAAU